CACUAGGAUAAAGAGUUCACGUGCUGAAAUUUUAUGAUGGAUCAUUUUUGGACAAUUUUAUUAUAAUAAAUACAAAUGCAGAACAAUUUUAUCCAUAAAACUUUUGUUUCUCCUAAAUCUUUCUACUUGGAUGGUGAGACUGUCAAGACAAUUAAAAUCAGUUUAAAAAGUUCAAAUCAUAGAGAAACAACAGUAUUUCUCAAUGAUUCAAAUAUAGAAGACGAAUUAUGACAGACUAAUGUCAUUGUCAUGUCAGCGGGAACGACAUCCGUUGUCAUUGUCAUUGUCAUUUAAAGUUUAUUUUAAGGGUAAGGGUAUAACAUAAAAAAAAUUAAUAUAGUUUUAUACUAUGGCAGAUGAUGAUUUAUCAUUUAAAUCACACGAUAAUAAGGACGAUGAAGAUAAUUCUGAUUCAGAAGCAACAUCACAUCUGGAGCUAGAUUUAGGCGUUGACUCUUCAUUUAAUGUUAGAGAAUUCAAUAGGUUAGGGAAUCAUAAAGCAGGAGUCUCGGGAGUUCCCAGUUCAACCAACGUUUGUGAUAGUCAUAGGCGGGAAGACAAUCCAUUUUCUUUUAAACAUUUUCUUAGGAGUGACUCGACUAAUAGUUACCAAUCAAAAGGUGCUAGACCUAAAGUUUACGAAAAUCGAUCAGCAUCUACCGACUUUGGAAAUCACCUUCAACCUCGGUUAAUUCCAGAGUAUCCUGCUGCAUUACCAGAUUUUGUCCAGGAUCAUCUAGUUGUCGAACAGUGUUAUUUAGGAAAUACAUCAUCCGAAAAUUUUAAUGUUGACAUUGACAACUUGCCUGAUUUUACGCCUGCGCGGCAGAGUAGGAAUAAUGCUCUUAAUCCUGAGGUUACUAAUACUAAUAGACCCGUUCCGUUGGACUUACCUAUGCGAACUCAAGAAUCAUUUCCCUUGGACUUGCCUGUAGUCAAUACCCACUCAAAUAAUAUUAGGAUUGAAUCAUCAAAUAGUGAGGUCGGGAGUUCGAAGAGUCUUCCUGACUUCCUAGCUGAUGGUGCUGCUUGCACCCAACAAAGCGAAGCCUUGACGGUUCCGCAAAGUCCAGAGGGAGAGCUUGAAAGACUGAAGAAAGAAUUAGACAUCACGAAGAGACAGUUAGCGGAAAAGAAUUUAAUGUGUGAUAAUUUAAGUAGGGAUUUAGAAACUGCUAGGAAUAAAGAACAUGAAUAUACUCACAAUCUCGCCGGGGCGCUUGAAAAAGUGGAGGAUAAUUUAGAAAAGAGCAAUCGAAGAGCUGCUGCGGCUGAAAAUUUGGUGCUAAAGUUAAAACAAGAAAUCAAAUUGUUAACUUCUCAGCUAAAUGGCGUAAAAUCUGAAAAUCAAAUAUUACGCGGUGAAGGAGCUGCUGGCGGUUAUAAUACAUCUAAUCAAGUGCAGUUUAAUCGAUUGGCUCAAGAGUUACGGAAUGCCGCCGGUUCAGCGGAGCAUUCUCUAAGACAACUGCUUACUGGCGUAGACAACCUAAGAAUAAUGGCCGCUUCUUUAGAAAAUAUGCAUCGAAUAGAAGAAACCAGGGACCCCUUUUCAAAUUUUGAUGAAGACGCUGGACCUGCACUCUAACCUUUUAUACCAUAGUCUGUUUUUAAAGUAGUAUUACUAAGUAAUGUACAUAAAAACAAUUUUAUUUAUUGUUACAUUGAGAAAUUUUUGAUACAUGUGAUUAUAUUAAUUUAUUAACUACUAGAAUUAUUGUGGGCGCUGUAUAUAUUUAUACAUUUUUAAAAUAUCGCCUAUAAAGAUAUCGGUUUUUCAUA